CCUGAGAAUGGCAUAAAAUAAAUAAAAUAAUAUAAAUAAAAUGAACAAAUAUAUUAUUGUAUCAAGAUAACUUGUGUGCGCGAUUGUACAGUGACAAUGAUUGUAACAGUGAGACAAUUUUUGUUGUCAAUUAUGUUCAUGAUGCUGCAAGAUAACAUGGAAGCGAGUAGAGUACAAGCAGCUGUCAGUUUUUUAGCAAACGCAUCAUAUCAAGAAAUGGAAAUAAAAUCUGAAUCCAGUCUAUCACUAAGAGAUAUACUACCGGUGAAGGCAAAGUACUACGACAAGAAUAGAGCUCCUAAAUUACUGGGUCAGCCGACUAUUGUAUACUUUCAUGUUACCGUUCUAUCUCUGGAUUCGAUCAACGAGGAAAGUAUGACGUACGUAGCUGACAUAUUCCUAGCGCAAUCAUGGCGUGACCCUCGACUCCGUCUACCAGAGAACAUGCACGAGGAGUAUCGUAUCUUGGAUGUAGCCUGGCUUAACAACAUUUGGAGGCCAGAUUGCUUCUUCAAGAAUGCUAAGAAAGUUACUUUCCACGAGAUGAGCAUACCCAACCAUUAUUUAUGGCUGUACCAUGAUAAAACUCUUCUUUAUAUGUCUAAGUUAACCCUUGUAUUAUCCUGCGCGAUGAAAUUUGAAUCGUAUCCUCACGACACUCAAAGCUGUUCUAUGAUGAUAGAAAGUUUAUCUCACACAGUCCAUGAUCUGGUGUUCAUCUGGAACUUAACAGACCCUCUGGUCGUCAACCCGGACAUAGAGUUACCUCAACUCGAUAUAUCUAACAACUAUACCAGUGAUUGUACCAUUGAAUAUUCUACAGGUAAUUUCACAUGUCUGGCUGUUGUAUUCAACCUGCGCCGUCGUCUGGGUUAUCAUUUAUUCCACACGUAUAUACCCUCGGCUCUAAUCGUGGUUAUGUCUUGGAUCUCUUUCUGGAUCAAACCUGAAGCGAUACCCGCGAGAGUCACCUUGGGAGUCACAUCGUUGCUUACUUUGGCAACGCAAAAUACACAAUCACAACAAAGUCUACCACCGGUAUCGUAUGUCAAAGCUAUAGACGUUUGGAUGUCGUCUUGUUCUGUCUUCGUGUUUCUAUCUCUUUUUGAAUUUGCGGUCGUCAACAACUACAUGGGGCCUGUCGCUACUAAAGCAAUGAAAGGAUACUCUGACGAAGAUCUGUCAAGAGACCUGGACGCGUUUAAGCACAUAUUCCCGAAUUCAGUUGACCCUCGAGCGAGUACAUCUGCCUCGCUCCCGCAAUACGAAACUUUCUGCAACGGGAGAGAGACAGCAGUAUACAUUGAUCGUUUCUCUCGUUUCUUCUUCCCUUUCUCUUUCUUUAUUUUAAACGUUGUUUAUUGGUCCACUUUCUUGUGAGACGUUUUUAGUACAAAUUAAAAAGUUUGCGAAA